UCACUCAGUACUGAAAAUCUAUAGUGUACGUCACGUAAACUAUAAAUUUUCAGUACUGGCAGUGAAUAUUAGAACGCAGCCUGUAUAUACUUUCACCUACGUCACGUAUACUAUAGAUUUUCAAUACUGGCAGUUUAUAUUUUAUAUCGGAACACAGCCAUAGCAGAGACUGGCCAUAGUUUAGUGUGUCCAAUUGUUGAGUCUGCUGAAUGUGGAUCAUUAUUAAGAAAAAAAAAAAGAAAGAUACUAAUAUAGUCAUUGAAAGUUAUUAAGUUAUCUUGUCAUUUCAAGUUUUUAAUAUGGGUAAAAAUAAACAAACACAACGAAUCAAGAAUAAUGCACGGCCAUCAAAUAGUAGCCGCAGUGCAGAACUUUUGGGUACAGCAAUGCCCAAUUAUGUUGGCUUCUCAGCAAUUAAGGAUGGAGGAUAUGUUCCUGUUUUACCUGGUUUAUCUUUAUGUUACUUAAAUGAGGGAGAAAUAAACAAUGUGGAUUCUAAUUUUCAAGUAAUAUUAAAAAAAAUGAGUAAAAAAGAUGCUACAACAAAAUAUAAGGCAUUGCAAGAAUUUGCAACUUUAUGUCAAGAAGCUGAAUUAUCAAUAAUAGAAAGUGUAUUGUCUUUUUGGCCACGACUAUACUGUACUCUAUCAAUUGAUAUAGAUCAUAGAGUAAGAGAAGCUGCACAGUUAGCACAUGCAGCAGUUGCCAAGCGUGUAGGUAAAGGCAUAGUGAUAUAUUUAAAACAAUUGAUUGGUGCUUGGUUUAUUUCUCAAUAUGAUACAUAUCCUCCAGCAGCUUCAGCUGCUAUCAAUUCCUUCAAUAAUACUUUUCCACCUUGCAAGAUAAUUGAUGCAAUUGUUCAUUAUCAACAUGAAAUUUUAAUAUAUAUUAAUAACAAUAUCACUAUACAUACGGCUCAAACAUUAUCAGUUCAAAAAUCUCUUACUAAAGAAGAAAUGGAAGCCAAAUAUCAGAGAGUAUUGGCAACAAAUCUGCAAGGAUAUAGUUAUUAUUUCAAAAAAGUUCCACUUCAUGAAAUAGAAAAAACCUUAGAAAUUCAUAACAAAAUUUUAAGCAGUUCACAAUUUUGGAAAUUAGCUAAGCAUGAUACUCUGUCAAUAAAAAUAGCUUUCUUUAAUGUAUUGACAUCAAUAAUGGAAAAUGCAGAAAAAUUGUUACAAAAUGAAAAGAAAAGGACAUUGACUACUAUUACGAAUAAUCUUGAUGAAACAGAGCCUGGAAUUUUAUCAGCUGUUUGGGAAUCAAUGCUCAUAGCUAUAACUAAAAUUGAUGAUUGGUAUCUUGUUGUAAAUAUCGAUAAAUUUGUACUACCGAAAUUAUGGCAUGUUUUACGGUCUGGCGGCCAAUGCUGCGCAAGCACUGUUUAUCCAAAUUUACUACCUUUUAUCAGUCAGUUUUCGAAGCUGAAUGUUAAUAUCAAUGAUCUUUACAUGAAUUUCUUUGAUAACAUGCGUCAAGGGUUUUUUGUCAAAAGUGUUCAAAUAAGUCGUUCAGAAACACUUGCUAUAGUGAGCUCUUUUAUUGAAUGCCUGCGUUAUUCAAUUCUUAUAAAUGUUGAAAAUAUAGAGUUAUGCAUGCGUCUCCUCAAAGAACAACUUAUGUUUGUUAUAGAAGCAUGUAUGACAGAUAGCAUUUCUAUGAAACAAUUUUGUUUUGUUGAAGUAGCACAUUUAAUACGAUAUUGGAGUAAAAAUCGUAUUAAUGAAGGGUAUAUAGCAUACAUUUCUUUAAUGCAGCAAUUUUGGAUUGAAUUGAGAUUAUUGUUUAUCAGGCUUAUAAAUAUAUCAAAAGAAAUUGUAACAUCACAUACUAUAGAUACAAAAGAUUCUCAAAUCGAAUUCUUAUUAACUUUAAAGAAUUUACCAGAUCGCAACCAUAAGAAAUUAAAAGUAAGAUUUUCUGAUUCAAGUCCUAUUGCGAGCCAAUCAAAAGUAAAAAUCGAUAUUUAUACCGAUACAGUCUUUAAUGCAGAACUUUGUGAGUUUGUAAAUGAACUUUGUAUAGUUUAUUUUAAUAACAUUAAAAACCAGCAGUCUAUUAAAUAUGUCAAACAACUGAAUAAACUUAUAAAAUAUUUCGCAAGUCAAGAAUUAUUCGUUGCGCUUUCAAAAUCAUUUAAGUUUGACAAAGAUUUCUUUGAAUUUUACAAUAAUAACUUGAGAUCCAUGUUAUUGAAAAAUUCGGAAAUAAUGGAAGAAGUUAUUGAAUUAAUAUUCUAUUUUAUUAAAUAUACAAGUGAUACCAAAAAGAACGAAGUUUUAAAAUCAUUAAUUGAAUUAAAUGACAUUGCAGUAACAAAGAAUGUAAUAUAUUGCAGUUUAUCUGAAAGAAAUAGAAAUGAUCCUAUAAUAAAGAAAUGGUAUAUACAAACUAAUGUAACUAAGUUAUUAAUAGGUGUAGCCAAAGAAAUUGCUUCACCUGGACACAAUAAUUUAGAAAAAAAUCAGAAUCUGAUUUUGUUAGCUUUUGAAGCUUUGGCAACCGGAGAUUUAUUAAUAAAUGACGAAGAAGCAAAUGAGAUUGUAUCAAUACUUUGCAAUUCCUUAAAUGAAACAAAUGACAAUUGUUCUAUGCAAUUUAUUACAUUUAUUACAAAGUUAACGACUUUAAUAUGGAGUCAAAAACAAAUAAUAUUAAGUGCUGUACAGAUAUUGGAAACAUUUUUUGAAUUAUGCACUCGAGAAUAUGAUGAUUCAAUUGCUCAUAUUGUGCACAAUAGUUGGAAAGAAGGACUUGUAAGAAGUAAUGAGAUAUUAUCUGGUUCGGAAUUUAAUGAUCUUGUUAAAAGAUGUGCAAUUAUUAUUUGGAGCAAAGUAUAUAAUACAUGUCAUAUUAAGGAUAUAUUAGUAAAUUUGGCAACAGAUGUUUUAGAAAUUAUAAUUAAUAAUAAUAAUAUAAAUUCUCAUUGCAUUAAUGAAACUAUUCUAUUAUUUUUAACAGCAUCUGAUAUAAAAUCAUGGAUUGCAGAAGCAACUACUAUUGCAAUAUAUGGCGAAAUAAUAACAGGCAAUUUAUAUAUAUCAAAUGUUGAAAACAAGAUAAAAAUUUUUGAGCAUUAUAUGUCUAUUGAUAUAACAAAUGAUAUAAUUUCGGAUAAUAUGACUAAUUGUUUAUCAUGGGCCUUAUUUGUUACAGAUUUGCUCAAUAAUUUGUAUAAGAGAUUAAGAAAUUCUAUACAUGUUAAUACAUUUUCAGAUUCAAGUGAAAACUUUGAAUUAUAUGAAUUAAAUUUACCAGGAAUUACAGAGAUAUUGAUAAAUAUUAUGCAUGUGACUAGUAUAGCUGAAAUAUACAAUAAACAUUAUAAAGUUUCUAAACAUUAUAAUGAUGUUAAUAAACUUUAUGAUUCAUUAAAAAGUAAUUUUGUCAAUUUGGAAAAAUAUUUUCAGAAGAAUAUCCAUAAUGAUGUAUUAUCUCAUAUACAAAAAAAUCAAUCAAAUUAUGGAUUUAUGCUACCAUAUAUAAUUCGUGUACAUUAUACUGAAUUUAAAAUAAGUGAUAAUCCUGUAAAAUAUUAUGAAAAUUGCAAAAAUAAUGAAGGAGAACAUGAUGAUGAAACAUAUGUUCAAGCAAUUCAAAUUUUAAACGAUUAUUGGAUGCCAGAAAAUAUUCCGUUAUUAAUGAAUAACGAUAUUCAUACAUUAAUUGUCACUAGAGUUGCAACUAUCAAAAAUGACAGUUCAGUUUAUACUACAAUUAUAGAAAAGAUUAUGUUAUAUAAUAAAAAAGAUAUUGCAUUUUUAGAUCACGAUAUUUCUAAUAUUUCAUGGAAUCAAUUGUGUUUACUGCUAGAAGUUAUAAGAUUACUUACAGCACUCGUCCAAAAAGUUCCAUCAAAAUUACAAAAUGAACAUUGGGAUUUUAUUUUGAUAGCUCUUACUACAUGGCAACAGUUACUUACUAAUUUCGAAUUGAAUUAUACUGAUAUUAAAAUAAUAGCAUUAAUGAUAGCAAUUAAUCAAUUAUACUAUGCAGUCCAAACUUUAAUGAAUAAACAUGAGCAAGAACGAAUACCAGAAUUGCCUCCUACUCUCUUGGAUGAAUGGAUAAAUGUAUUUGCUAGUUGUAUAAAUAGUGAUAUUGUGAAAACUUGGAUAUUUUGUAUGAAUUUAUAUAAUAAAGAUACAGUUACUUUAAAAUAUAUCAUACCAUUAGAUUGCUUAGGAAAAUCAAUUAGUAUUCUUGACAAAAAUAUAUUAUUCAAAAAAUAUGACAAACCCUCUGAAACAAUUAAUUUCAAUGAGAUGUUAAAAUUAUGUCUGAAAUUAUUACAUUCUCCUAUACUUAAUAUUCAAUUGAGUGCCUAUCAUGCAUUGAAACAUAUGGUAUCAGAACUUGUACAAUGUGAUAAAGUUCUUAUCGAAUCCGACAACUUUGAGCCAAACAAUUUCAAUAUUAAAAGAUUCAUAGCAGUACUAUCAAGUACACAAAAUAUUGUGAAUACAAUGCUUAUGGAAUUCAAAUUAUGUGACACAACAAGCUGCACAAUCCAACCGUUUACAGAUUCUUAUACAUAUACAUUAGAAUAUUUACUAGUGUGGACAAUUGUGCUAGAUAUGUGUGGAUAUGCUCAUAGUGAUUUACGGUAUCAAUAUGCUGAAAUAUUGAAAAAUGAUUUUUUUCCUUGUCUGUUAAAUAAUAUUUUUAAAUUAAUGCCUGUGGAAGUAUUACAAGAUAACAAGAAAAAAACUGCAAAGUUACUGGAAGCAUUUACCACUGUUCCAUCGUUUAAUUUUGAAGAAAGUUGGACAGAAUGGAAAGUAGAUCAUAUUGUAUGUUGGUUAUAUACAAAUUGUUUACGGCAUUUACCAGUAUUAGUGAGACAAUGGCUGAGUACAGCUGAUAGUAAAGUCAGUGCAAUAAUAGACAAGAUUACAAAUCAUUAUAUCAGCCCUAUGCUUUGUCAAGAAGAGCUUAAUAACAGAUUAUUGAAUGUUGAAAAUAUGCAGAUAAAGGUGCAUCCAACAACAAGAGAAGUAAUAGCUUUGUAUCAAAUGGAUGACACAAAACUGGAAUUAAGUGUAGUGUUACCGUCAAAUUAUCCUUUAGGUACAGUAAAGGUAGAAUCUGGGCAACAUGCUGGUAGUACAGCAAAUUGGAGAAACUGUCAUAUGCAAUUAUCUAUAUUUCUCACACAUCAAAAUGGUUCUAUUUGGGAUGGUCUUAUAAUGUGGAAACGUAAUUUGGAUAAGAAAUUUGCAGGCGUCGAGGAGUGUUACAUAUGUUUUAGUGUUUUUCAUAUUAACACAUAUCAAAUACCAAAAUUAUCAUGUCAUACUUGUCGUAAAAAAUUUCAUACUCUCUGCUUGUACAAAUGGUUCAAUACAAGUCAAAAAUCUACUUGCCCGAUUUGCAGAAAUGUAUUUUAAUUUAAUUUGAAAAUAUUCAUGUGCAGAAGGAAUAUUGAUAAUUUAAAAUAAAUUAAAAUUAAUGCAAGAUAAAGAGAAUGAUAUGA